GAGAUAUUGGAGUGAGUGUUCUUGGUGAAGUGUGUGUGAUCAUCAUAGUCAUACAGAGAGAUAUGGACGUCGCUCGGGUGCUUCGGAUGAAUGGUGGUGAUGGAGAUUAUAGCUAUUCAAGCAAUUCUCUUCUCCAGAGAAGGGUGAUAUCGAUAACAAAGCCCAUAAUUGAAGAAGCUUUGACUGAUCUCUAUAGCGACUUGAACUUCCCCAAAACCCUAAUCAUGGCGGAUCUUGGAUGUUCAUCUGGACCAAACACUUUUCUGGUGGCGUCGGAACUCGUUAAAUCAAUUGACAACAUUAGGAUCAAAUCAGGCUAUGAUGAACCACCACAAAUUCAAAUCUACUUGAAUGACCUUCCACAUAAUGAUUUCAACACCAUUUUUGUUUCUCUACCAGAAUUUCAGAAGAAACUAACCAAACAAAUGGUCCCCAGUUCUUCUUACCCACUCUGUUACUUUUCCGGUGUCCCUGGAUCGUUCUAUUCUAGGCUUUUUCUCAGCAAAAGUAUUCAUUUUGUCCACUCUUCCUAUAGUCUCAUGUGGCUCUCCCAGGUUCCUGAAAUGGGAAACACAAAUAAGAGGAACAUAUACAUGUCAACGACAAGUCCGCCAAGCGUGAUACGAGCGUACCGUGAGCAGUUUCAAACGGAUUUCCUGACUUUUCUCAAGUAUCGUGCAGACGAGGUGGUAAACGGAGGGCGAAUGGUUUUGACAAUACUAGGAAGGCGAAGUGACGAUCCUUGUAGCAAAGAAUGUACUUACGUUUGGGACCUCUUAGCCAUGGCCCUAAAUGAUAUGGUUUAUGAGGGACUCAUCGAUGAAGAGAAAAUGGAUUCGUUCAACAUUCCACAAUACACUCCUUGUGCCAAAGAAGUGAGUAAAGGAGUUGAGAAAGAAGGGUCGUUUGAGAUUGAUUGCCUUGAGGUUUCUGAAGUGAACUGGGACGCAUCUACCGACAACAGUUUGGAUUCAUCUGAAAAAGAUUCACAAGGAAUAAAUAUGGGGAAAUGUAUGAGGGCUGUGGCAGAACCUUUGUUGUUGAGUCACUUUGGGGAGUCAAUGAUUGAGGAGGUGUUUAAGAGGUACACAAAUAUUAUCAGGAAUCGGAUGUCGAAAGAGAAGACGUCGCUCAUCAACGUCACAGUUUCAUUGACCCGAAAAGGGUUAGGUUCUAUGAUGUCAUAGUCUAUGUAUGGUCGGGAAAGUUGAUCAUUUGGAUUGGUGUGUUUAGUUAAAACAUAAUGUUUUUAUUACAAGGUUCAAUAACAAUGUAUCCAUCUUU